UCGCGAGAUCUGGCGGCGGGCGGGAGGGCGGCGCUGAUUGGCGCGCGGCGGCCGAGAGCUGUAAAAUGGCGGCGGCGUGAAAAUUGUUCGCGCGAGAGAAGAGAGAGCGAGAGAGAGAGCGAGAGAGGGAAGGAAAAGAAAAAAAAAGAAAGAAGGAAGGAAGGAAAGGAGAGAGAGAGAGAGAACACCCUGGCGGCUGAGAGGCCCGGAGCGGCCGGGCACCGAGAGACACGCGCGCGCGCCCGCACCCGCACCCCCCCGGACCGGGAGCUCAGCCGCCCGCUCCCUCGGCGGCGGCGGCGGCGGCAGCAGCAGCAGCAGCAGCGAGGACCGAGCGGCCGCACUUUACCUCACGAGCGGCAGCCCUGACACACCAGAGGCCCAGGCCUGCAGGCCCAGACAGACAGCCAGGCCCGAGCCCGAGCCGAGCCGAGGAGCGCGCGAACGAACGAGCGAGCGAACGACCGCCCGCACGUUCCCGGGGCUGAGGCAUUCGAAGAAACUGUAAACAUGAAUAACUCACUAGAUAACACCAUGUCAUUUGAGGAGUACAUUCGACUGAAAGCACGCACUAUCCCUCAGCACAGAAUGAAGGAGUUCUUGGAAUCAUUGGCUGCAAAAGGACCCGAAGCUCUUCAGGAGUUCCAGCAGACUACCAUGACAGUAUAUCAGCAGGGUGGCAACUGUAUCUACACAGACAGCACCGAAGUGGCUGGCUCCCUGCUUGAGCUUGCAUGUCCUGUAACAUCAACCGUACAGCAGCAGGAGCAAAUCCAACAGCAGGCACAGCAGAUUCAGAUUCAAGUUCAGGUGCAACAGUCACCACAGCAUGUUUCCACACAGCAGCUAUCUCCCCAGCUUCAUCAGACGUCUGAGCAAAUUCAGGUACAAGUGCAGCCGGUAACCACUCAGCAACAGCAGUCUUCACAACAAAUCCAGCCGAUGCACAGUCCUACCACCGUUCAGCAGCUCUCAAAUUCCCAACUCCAGGCAGCUCAAAUCUCAGUGCAGCACGUUCAGCCUUCAGAAAUCACAGAGGAACAUAUUCAACACCAACAGAUCCAAGCUCAACUCGUCUCUGGCCAAACACAGCAGAUUCAGAUCCAGACAGUGGGUACACUGUCUCCUCCUCCUCAACAGCAAGGCUCCCCUCGUGACGGGGAAAGGAGAUCCAGCACUUCUAAUGUCCUCCAACCUGUCAAGAAGCGCAAAGUGGACAUGCCAAUCACAGUUUCAUACACUAUUUCAGGGCAACCAGUAGCCACAGUACUGGCUAUCCCACAGGGGCAACAGCAAGGUUACGUAUCUCUCAGACCUGAUCUCUUAACCGUGGACAGUGGCCAUCUCUAUACAACAGCUGCUGGUACCAUCACCAGCCCAAGUGGGGAGACAUGGACCAUCCCUGUGUACUCUACACAACCUCGUACUGACAUUCAACAACAGACUGCCACUCAUGUAGCUAUCCCUCAGGAGGCCUAUAAUGUAGUUCAUGUCAGUGGUUCCCCUACAACAGUGGCUACUGUGAAGUUGGAGGAUGAUAAGGAUAAGCUGGUGACGUGUGGUUCCGUGGUGAAGAACUCUCACGAGGAGGUGGUUCACACAUUGGCCAACACCAUAUUUCCUGCGCAGUUCAUGAAUGGGAACAUCCAUAUUCCAGUAGCAGUGCAAGCCGUGGGGGGCUCGUACCAGACCCAGGCACAAUCAGUCCAGCUCUGGGACCCUCAUCAGCACCAACAACAACCACAGCAGCAGCUGCAGCUUGACACUUCGCUGACUACUACAGGCAGCAGUGGUGAAUGGUUAUCAAUGACUACUGCCAGCAAGAAUUGUGAAUGGUUAGCUAGCCAUUUUGAACAGGCUCAAUCGGUCCAGGUAGCAGAGGAAGAGCCACAGCCCCAACCACCACCGGAAUUGCUUUUGCCAAACUCCUUGAAGCCAGAAGAAGGCCUUGCUAUCUGGAAAAGUUGGGCACAAACCAAGAAUGCAGAAUUUGAGAAAGAUUCUGAAAACAGGCCAGCUCCCAUUGGUAGGCGUCAGCCAUUGCGUUUUCAAGAAGACCUUCUCUCGUCAGCGGUUGCAGAACUGAAUUAUGGACUUUGUCUAAUGCUGAAGGAAGCUCGGAAUCCGGAGGGAGAAGCGUAUGAUCCUGAUAUGCUGUACUACAUAUGCCUCUGUUUACAGAAGUACCUUUUUGAAAAUGGCAGGGUAGAUGAUAUAUUUUCAGAUAUCUACUAUACAAGGUUCACUGAGAAGUUGCAUGAUGUGUUGAAGGAUUGGCAACCUCAAAUCAGCUCUCUCGCAGGUUACAUGAUCCCCAGUCACAUCACAGAGGAGAUGCUAUGGGAAUGCAAACAGCUUGGUGCUCACUCCCCUUCUACACUUCUUACAACGCUCAUGUUCUUCAACACAAAGUACUUUCUGUUGAAGAGUGUGGAGCAGCAUAUGAAGUUGGCUUUCUCAAAGGUAGUUCGGCAGACAAAGAAAAACCCAGUAAAUCCCAAGGACAAAAGCACAAGUAUUCGCUAUCUGAAGGCACUUGGUCUGCACCCAACAGGGCAAAAAGUUACGGAUGAUAUGUAUGCAGAACAGUCCGAGAACCCAGAGAAUCCACUGCGUUGUCCCAUCAAGCUCUAUGAUUUCUACCUCUUUAAAUGUCCCCAGAGCGUGAAAGGUAGGAAUGAUACCUUUUAUCUGACGCCGGAGCCAGUGGUGGCACCGAACAGCCCGAUUUGGUACUCUACCCAGCCAAUUGGCAAGGAUCACAUGGAAAGGAUGUUGACUCGAAUCCUGACGGUGCGCGAAAUCCAGGAAGUUUUUGCCAUAGCUGCUGCGAGCAUGCACUAAAUGUUUUCCAGAAAAAGACAAACUCAAAUCUUGUGCACUAAACAAAAGAUGCCAGACAUUUCUGCCAUCUGUGUUUAUUAGUGCAGUUUCAACAGCCUUGAGAGGUUUCUACUAAAUCAUCAGAUGUGUAUCUAUGGACAAUAUAGUAUAAUCGGGUUUCACUACCAGAUAGCUGGAAUCUGGCAGUCGACUUUUCUAAAGCAGUUGGCAAUCCUGUUUUUUGUUUUGUUGUUUUAAACUUGGUAGCAGCAUUGUGGAUGCAGAUGUACUGCUAACAGUUGGUAACCCUUGUCAUGAACUCUGCCAGAGACUGACGAAACCCUAGGGUACCUAUCAUGUGAUUGGUGAGGCAGACUGUUUAAUCAUUUCUGCCAAUUAUUGGCCUAAACUGGGCCUCCAUUCAAGAGGAUUUAGUGUAAGGGGGAGCAAAUGAAAAGCUGAUGAAGGUUUAUAUAAAGAGUUUUUCAACACUUUAAAAACAAAAAAAAAUGAUGUUUUUAGAAAGUGAACUAGAACUGAAGACUUUUCACACAUUCGGCCUUGUGCAGAGGCCUUAACUCCAGCAAAACGCUUGGAUUUACUGUAAUAUACUCAUGUACCAUUAUAAAGAGACCUUUCUGUUUCUCUGUUCUUGUUUUAAUGGUCUGUACAACACAGCAAGAGAUUUUUGUUCAGAUUGGGAUUAUAUGCAAGAAGUUUUCAUUCAGAAAUAAAUGACAUAUAUUUGUGGGUGGAACCGCAAAUUCCACUUACUUAUUUCCCAGAUAUGAGGUCCAUCUUUAAAACUCAGAAUGUGUGGGACAUGGUGGCAUAUAUAGGCUAGACAUUAAAAUGCUUGUUUUAAAAAAAUAUGAAGUCACGCAUUGAGCCAAACGAUCCACAAUGUGUUUCUGAUCAUCCUAAGUACAACGUUUUUUUUUUGUCUUUGUUUUGGUAUCACUACGGUUAGCGAUGGGCAGCGAUAUGGUAUUAAUCUAUUAUGAAUGACAGUGAUUUAGCAUUAAUAUUGAUACUGUAUUUAUUGUGUUAGUGUUUAACAUCGCAAAGUUGUGUUGUAAAGAUACAGUAACUUUAUUUUUGAAAAGUUUCUGAUUUUAUACUUUGUUUCCUAAAAAGGAAUUGAAAUUAUUGUGAAUACCACAUUGCAAUAUUUGGAGUGUUGUACGGUCCAGAAUUUUCAGUAUCACCCAACUCUAGACAAGGCUGCAAAGCUAAAUUGCAGCACAUUUGGUUACUGUGAAAUCGCUAGCGAUGAACUUGAUCCACACACCCAGAAAGAUAAAAACGUUUCUAUUUGUUAAUAUUUUGUAAAAGGUGAGAUUUUUCAGUUGAGGCGAUUGGAAUGCUUCAUAAAAAAAAAACCCAGUUACUACUAAUCUAGGUCAAUUAAGUCAACAUUUCUAAAAUUCACACUUGAUGCCCUAACCUUUUAACACAGGCUCUUCUUGCACCUUUUAUCAUGGCUGCGUAAUCAGAUUCCAGCAAAGGUGAGUUCAUGCAGUCCAUGCAAGGGAUCAGUUUGUUGAAAUUCUUGGGCUCUUUGUUCGAUGAAGCUCCAGCUUAAAUACUUAAGGGAAUGUAUAUCUCUGCCUGCAGAUUGUGAGCAUAUACUGUUUAUUAAUUUAAUAUCUUAUCAUGUGGAUACAUUUUGGUGCUCUGCAAUGUUUUGUACCCUCUACUUUUUACAAUAUUGGGAUGCUUUGGGGAAACUGUUGGCUGAAAGUGCCUCCAGAUUCCCACUCAAAGUCGCUUGUCUGGCCAUUGUGGGAAACUUGAGGCAGAUCUUGAGAGCCACCCUGACUUGGCAUCUGCAGUGUUGGGAAUGAACUGUGAUAAUCUGCUGAUUGAUUGAGCUCUGCAAUGUCACAGCUGUGUGCGCGAGUGCCUUCCACUUACUUUGGAUUUGACAAAAGCAGAUAUGGACCAUAUGGUCACCUUAGCUAUUCACAUCUGUAAUAUAUUAGAUGUGUUUUUCUAGAUAGGAUUCAGCUGAUUAUUACAAUGUCAGAGCUGGUACUGUACAUCAGAGCAUCAAUGCACAGAGUCCGCUCACUCCACUGAGUUCUGAGUCUUUACUUCAUAACUGUGAAGAGGAUUGGUGAACCCUCAAAAAAAACUUCAUCUAAGCUGUUUUCAAACCAGUUUCAUUAACCACCCCAAAAUCAUAACUUUAAACAGUACGGUAGCUGAUUAUCUGCGCUAAUUGAUUGCCCAAACUAAUUGGGACCAUCAGCUUUGCGGAUGAGCAAAAAAUGGUAAUUGGUCAACAAGCAAAAUGCAAAUUGCCUGCAGUGCUAAGACGUUCCAUCAGACAUUAUACAGUUGAUGUAGUAUCAAAUAUCACACUGUCAGCUCUUUUCUCUUCCACUUUCUUGACCCUUUUACUCUCUUUCUCACUCUGCCUUCUCUCUCUCUGACCCUAAACUAUACUGCAAGUGUAGAUUUAACUUCACAACCUGCAAAAAAAAACAUUAGUGUGCAUGUGCCUAGUUUUGUGCAUGCACACAAGGUUACUUGGAUCGCAUAGCUGGUAUCAAAGCUUCCAUAGAAAACUUACACACAACUUUGCAUGUACCCGCAAGAGUGUUUUGGACUCUCAAGGCAGUGUUCAAUUUCCGUGCCCUUUGCAGAUAAAGAGCAUUAUACUGUAUACAUAUUCAUCUGAAAUGCUGUUUAAUAUAUAAAUACUGUAUUGGGAACAAAAGCCAUCUGUACCGCUUGGUGGUGUUUCUCUGCUUUAUCCUGCUGGACUUUUUCGUUCUGAGACAAUUCUUCCCCUCUAUCUCUACAUAUGUCUAUUGAAACGAUCAUUCACACAAGUGGUUUGUUGAUGAUUCUCCUGACUUUUCCCUCUCUAUGGGAAAGUGUCUGUUCCCCACUCAGAAUCUUGUAAAAAUAUGGAGACUACCAACCCUCCUCCAACCACUCUAGCACAGUAUAUUUACGCCUAUCCCUUUGUGCUAAGUAGAUAUUAAUUGUGUAUGGCAUAUGUUCCUUCUUUGUCCUUAUUAGUGAGUUGGGGAUUUUGAACAACAGUUUGAAGUGGGGAGGAGGAAAGAGAGACUUGGAUAAAAGGUGUUCUUACAGAUAUUUUGAUUACUGAGGUGUCCACAAGCUGAGGUUAUUCUGCUUUCUUAAUGUCACUGAAAAAUACCAUUCAAAAUGGCCCAAGUUGUUUCUGAGCAGCUAAUUUAAAAUAUUAAUUGGAGGACUAACUGCAGCUGAAAGACGCUCAUGAUUUCUCUUUAUAAUUUUUGACGUUGUUUUGCAAUUCAGAACAAUUUUCUUUUUGGUCAGACACGUGGAAACCCAUCACACCAGACUUGAGUUGCGCACGUGUAUGCAGCCUAGAAUAUGCCUGUAUCUGAAAUGGAAUGCACAAUCUCUCACUGAGUGCAAUGCAUACGUCUUAUCUAAUUUCAGAGAGUAUUAGGCAUAAGGUUGGUAGGAGCCAAGAUUUGGGGACACCAGAGUGCAGUUCACAACACUUCAACUCCCAUGUGAAACGGGAGCUCUAUUCUUCCAGGUUUCCCCAGGGCCUCUGUCAACCAGUGAAGAAACGUGCCACAGUGCUUUAGCUUUGAGGUACUUCAGAGUCUAACAUUUUUGCUUUAUUGUAGAGAGAUGGAAUCCAUGUUUGAAAUUAAUUAGGACAAAUUUAAAGGGCAAAAGCUUGAUCGUGUAUAAUAUUCCUUCAUGUAUUUCACCCUUGUCAUACAGGUUCAAGUAUUUUAAAUAAAGUUAAAGUUUAAAAUGUUGGGGUUUUGUUAGAAAAAAUUAAAUAGCAAAUCAGCUGUAUAAUAAUUGCUAAAACGUUGACUCGUUCAUACUUUGUUCUCCCUCUCAGGCCAACGGGCUCGGGGGAGGUGGGAAUCACCUCAGAGAUAUGAGUAAAUAUAAUUCUUUUAGUA